GUCAAGUCGAUCUUGCAUCUGUAAUGUCUCGAGGAGGACGCGGCGGAGGGCGAGGGGGACGUGGUGGGGGACGAGGAGGGAAGAACAUGUUUGGUCCUGGUAAUGCACCGCCCAUGGGCCUCACAUUUGCGGAUAUCCAGUCCCUCUCGAGGGAGGCUACUGGCUUGUACCCUCCCAUGGAUCCUAUGCCCGUGCUCUCAGACUUUACGGAGGAGGAGAUACAGAUCUGUAAACUCCAGACUGGUUUCGCAGAGCGUCUCCGGAAGUCAGCAUAUUGUAUCGUCGAGCCGACCAAGUCUACAGAGCUCCCCCGGUACUCAGACAAGUAUCGUCCCUCUCCCGCCUCACAGCCGACACUGAAGCGUAAAGACCUGCACCAGCCGUUCUUCCCACAGGAGAUAUUCGACGACUACUUCAACCCCAAACGCAAGAAGAAAAUGACCAAGAAGACAUCCGCUAAAAAGCUUAAUCUGGACGAGAUGGCAGAUGAAGACGGCGACGAGGACAAGACUGACGAGGACCGGUCGGACGCCGGCUCAGCCGCCCCAGACGAGGACUACGACGUCGAUGAGGAGUACGACAACGAUUACGCCGAGAACUACUUCGAUAAUGGUGAAGGCGAUGAUAUGGACGACCUCGGCGGUGGGGGAGGCGAUGAGGGCGGAGGAGCUGAUUAUGAUUAGUCCUCGUGGGCUUCUCUUUUUGCACGCUAGCUCUGGCAAAGGUCAUGGAAUGCUUCAUGGCGCCGCCCGCCCUCGUGGCGCUGCUUUCGUGGUUCUCCCUCCUGACAGGCUCACGAACGUCUAUUGGCAAGAAGGUCUGCAGACCGUCUCCGUGCGAGAGACCCUACAGCAGGAUGAGGCUCCUUCCUCCUGCACCCUCCUCCUAAUAUUGCUGGUCAGUGCUUAUUCAGGGAGUCCCUGCCGACAAACAUGUAGCGAUUAUUAGUUUCAUCUCUUCUAUACCCUCGAAUUACUGAAGUAUUUGAUGUGUAGCAUUAUUCUUCGCAGUCAUACACAAGCUUCUGAUACAACAGGUAUUACAAUGCGUCCAUUGACAGCCUCUUAUUCAGAACCAAUGUCACUUCCGUACGGCCAUCGUUCCAACGCGCUCACUUGGAGUCGCCCUUCCAGGGAUUCACCCAAAUGAUCUCAUGGUGUCGGCUCCACUCCAAGAGAUAACGUUUGACUGCCACCGAGCGCUCUCAUCUACGAUGAUGAGGCUUGGGUUUCAGUCCAUCAUAGAUCGGCUUCCUGACGGGAGCCAGAGAAAUUCCAGUGCCUGACUCGAGGCUGACAAGGAUGAGUGGCCCCUGCGAGGCAGUAUCAGGUGCGAAGAGAUUGCUUACCGUUCACCCCGGCGUGCGCUGCCC